UCAUGCACUACACAUAUUGGGGUCAGUUACUAGAUAUGUACUGUAACUUCCAAAAUCUUUAGUCAAUUCCGCAGACCAGUACCCCUGGGCUUCUAUCUGUACCAGACUUCUCUCAGUCUCUGCUGAUCUAUCUGUUUCAGUGACAGUAGCAUUAUUUUUUACUGGAGCUCCACUUAUCAUAAACACACAAGUUAAAAUGAAAAAGUCUACACAAGAUAUUCCCAGCAACUCAGUAGAACUAAAGAAGGAAAUCUCACUUCUGCAUGGCGUAAGUCUGGUUAUUGGGAACACUAUUGGUGCAGGAAUAUUUGUUUCCCCAAAGGGAGUUCUCAUGUACAGCGGCUCUUAUGGACUAUCGCUCAUCAUCUGGGUACUGGGGGGAAUAUUCUCAGUAAUUGGAGCUCUCUGCUACGCUGAACUAGGAACAACAAUCACUAAAUCAGGAGCCAGCUACAUUUAUAUAAAGGAAUCAUUUGGAGGGUUUUUAGCUUUUUUAAACCUAUGGACCAACAUGCUGAUUAUCUAUCCUGCCAGUCAGGCUAUUCUGGCAGUGACAUUUUCUCAGUACAUAAUGGAGUCAUUUUUCCCAACAUGUUGUCUACCUCAGUCAGCAGUAUUCCUGCUCUCAGUAGUCUGUGUGGCAUUUUUAACAGUGGUGAAUUGUGCAAAAGUGAAAUGGGGAGCCUUCCUCCAAGUGCUGGCAACAUUUGCCAAAGUCUUUGCAUUGGUCAUCAUUAUCAUUGCAGGAAUUGUCAGACUAUGUCAGGGUAAAACGUAUAAUCUGGAAAACUCAUUUAAGGGCUCAGAGACAAAUAUAGGCUCAUUAACUAUGGCCUUUUAUUCAGCAUUGUAUUCAUUUUCUGGAUGGGACUGCAUCAAUUAUGUAACAGAGGAAAUGAAAAACCCAAAGAGAAACCUGCCACUAUCUAUGCUGAUUUCUAUGCCACUGGUGACAGUAAUCUAUGUAAUGACAAACAUUGCAUACUAUACGGAGUUAGAGAUGAAUGUUAUUCUGGACAGCAGUGCAGUGGCUGUGACAUUUGCUGAAAGAGUUCUGGGUUAUGUAAAAUGGUUUAUCCCAAUAUCAGUGGCAAUGUCGUGUUGUGGUGGAUUAAACUCAGUCGUCAUUUCAUCUUCAAGAUUAUUUUUUGUAGCUUCAAGAGAGGGACAACUUCCAGAUUUUCUGUGCAUGAUCCACAUUACUAGAUACACUCCCAUUCCUGCCUUACUUUUUAAUGGGUUGAUGGCUCUUGUGUUCCUUUGUGUGGAUGAUGUAUUUCAGCUCAUUGAUUAUUUCAGCUUCAGUUAUUGGUUAUUUAUUGGCCUAUCAGUGGGAAGCCAAAUUUAUUUACGAGUGAAGCGGCCGGACUUGCCCAGACCUGUGAAGCUGAGCUUGUUUUUCCCGGUGGUGUACUGCAUAUGCAGCGUUUGUCUGGUAGUGGUUCCACUAUACAGUGAUCCUAUUGAUUCACUGGUUGGUAUCGCCGUUGUCCUCUCUGGGGCACCUGUAUACUACCUCUGCCUUUAUCUUCCUCCAGAAAAACAACCAGCAUGUGUAAAGAAAUUCUUAGGCCUAAUUUCCCUGUACACACAGAAGUUGUGUAUGUGCUGUGCUACCCAGUCACCUGAUGAAGGAGAGAAGUGCAAAUAGAAAAUGAUCACAGCUGUCCAGUGACUGCGUAAGCCGGAGCAUCUCUCACAGUAUUACAACAGUAUGCAGUGAUACAGCCAAUAUCCAGCUGUGUAAUAAUGAAUGUAUUUCAUACUUUUACGUAUUUAUUGUUCUGAAUAUUACAGUUCUUACUUCUUGCAGACCUGAGCAAUCUCCUGCCAUGUUAAAGAGCCACUACAUUUACUCUCUAGGUUCAUCCAUCAUGAUUAACCUAUACUUAAUGUAUUUUAAAACAUUCUUACACAGUACCAUGACAGAAUCUAGAUAUGUAGUAUUAGAUUACACUAUUUGAAUGUUAGAAUAUGAUAGUUUUCUAUGCAGAUAGUCAGAGCUGGCCCUAACCAAUAUGAUGCCCUAGGCAAGAUUUUGGCUGGUGCCCUCUAUCACCGCCGCUAGUUCUGCAGGAGAUGCCUGGCAUGAGUCAGCUGGCAGCUCUGCUAACGUCGGGCGCCUUUUGUUUACGAAAAUACAUCUUAUUUGCAUUACUAUGUGGCUAGGACGCACAAGAAUCUUCUG